AUGGCCGACAGCGUCGACGGCCUUUGGGACGAGGCCGAGCGCAUGGCGCAAGCAGCGGGCGCCGCCGAUGCCCAGAUCGCAGACGAAUACCCUUCACCCGAGACGAUUGAGCGCUGGAAACGCCUCUUCGGAUACUCAAGCGUGGAGGCUGCGAACUUGAUCACGGCGCAGCGUCAGGACGCAGUCACCCGCGAGCGCAUCACCGACGAGCAUUGGGCUCUCAUCGAGGGCGCCGAGGAAGCUGCUGGCUACGAUCGUGAAGCGUAUGAGCAUCGCCAGCAGCUGCCGGAACUUUUCAAGAGCAAUGGUACGACGAUUCCGGUUAAGGGACAGGAGGAAAGCCUAAUGUUUGGAUUCCGAAUGGGUGGUCUCUUGAACAGUGCGGAGAAGGUCAAGGAAGUAGGCAAGAUGGAGGGGCUGCCAAACGUCGAGGAUGGGUGGAGCGAGACGGGUCCCGUCAAGUUCUGUAUGGUGGAUUUGAAGACGAAACGGAACUUGGAGGAAUGGCUGGCGCAGUGGGCAGUGUUGAAGCAAUGA